AUGGCAAAUAUCGUCAACACCUCGCUCGACAUUAUCCGGCGACACAAAACGCGGCACCCUCGCCUUCACUCACGCUGGGGCGACAUUGCCAUUACCCCUCCCGUCGAAGGGGCCUGGUCUCAGUUCGAAAACCCAUACCUUCGUGACGACGAAGAGUAUGGACCAGGCUUUGUUCCUAGUAUAGACAUUGGCAACAAGGAAGUCUUGCUUCUCGACUCCGCUAGCGAAAGCUCUGAUGACGAGCUGGCCACAAAAGAAAAGAUAAGCCUAAAAGAGGAAAAGACGGAAAAGGAAGCAGACUCAAAAGCUUUAUCGAAGGCUAAAAGAAUAACUCGGAUCUUGCUUCCUUCGAGUGUCAACUCACCGGUCAGGAAUUUAUCACUCGACAAAGGCAAAGUCACGGACUUCCGAUAUAGGCCCGUGCAGCCAGAUUAUGCACAAGAAGUCGCCGAGAAGGUCGACAAGCAGAGUCGACCUCACUUCCGCUAUGUGCCCGCCAGUAAGCACUACAUGGAGGACUUGAAGAGAGUCGACAUCCGGUUAAGCGAUGGCGAUAUUUCUUAUCGGCAAAACGACUCAGACGACGAUGCUGAUGACGAAUAUGAGUCCAAAGCAACCAAACGUAGUAGUCAACGAUCACAAAGACUACGGAGUCACUCGUGUGAUCCUGACGUUGGAGGCAGGUCACUUGUUGCAAUCGCCACAAGACGGAAGCCUCGCUCUCAACGCGGAACACCUCUCGAAACAAUCCACAGCCCAACCAGCACCUUGUCUGAUGCCAUGUCAUCGGCUACGUUGUCACGACACUCGGCUUCUCGAGCCAACAGUACUUCCCGACUUGGAGAACAUGAAAUCAGCCCAAGGUUCUAUGCCGCUCGCCGUGACACAAAGCCUCAAGUUAUCACUGUUAAGCGAUCGCAGUCUGCCACUAACAAGAUAAAUCGACGAACAAUGACUCUAGAAAUGGUUCGUGACCAAGAUGACCUAUGGUACUGA